AUGGCUGAGAAGCGUGACCAUGCGGAUUCUGCAUCUAUGCCACUGUCAUUGUUCCGCCUUGUAGCGGAUCAAGCUCGAGUGACGUUGGAAGUUCUGAAUUAUCCAUAUCCCGGGUCAGGCACAGAGGAGGAUCCUUAUCUCGUCACUUACAUCCCCAAUGAUCCGGGCAACCCGUUCAACUGGUCGCGAUCGAGGCGAUGGACCACCAGCUUGAUUGUAGCAACCGAAGUGCUGGCAACGGCUUUUGCGUCGAGUGCUUUCAGUGGAACCAUACGCGAGCUCAUCGUCGACUUAGGCGCCAGCACUGAGUUGAUAACCGCCGGCAUAUCCUUCUUUGUUCUCGGCUUCGCAAUCGGGCCGCUAUUAUGGGCACCGCUGUCGGAACUCUAUGGCAGGCAGAUAAUCUACUUCAUCAGUUUCGGCGGCUUUACAGCCUUCUGCGCUGGCUGUGCUGGUGCCAAUAAUAUCGGAACUCUCCUCGUCCUGCGUUUCUUUGCCGGAGCUUUCGGUUCGUCUCCAUUCACCAAUGCCGGCGGUGUCAUUGCAGACGUCUUUCAGGCGUCGGAAAGAGGAUUGGCCAUGGGAAUCUUUGCACUGGCGCCCUCAAUGGGGCCUACACUUGGACCGUUCUGCUCAGGAUUCCUUGCCGAGAACCAAGGUUGGCGAUGGGUGAUGGGUCUGUUGGCAAUUUUUGCCGGAGUCAUGUGGAUUCUAGGGGCUGCCUUCGUGCCCGAAACUUAUGCGCCUGUCAUUCUGCGAAAGAGGGUCGCUAAACUGUCAAAGAUGACUGGCAAAGUCUACAUGUUAGAAACGGACAAGGGAAAAGGAGCUCCGUCUCUAAAGUCCCUCCUGCCGACCGCGCUCAUUCGACCAUGGAUUUUGCUGUUCCAGGAGCCGAUCGUUUUGCUGCUGUCGCUCUAUAUCGCGAUCGUCUACGGUACGCUGUAUCUCCUGUUCGGGGCGUACCCGAUUGUGUUUCAACAAGUUCGCGGGUGGUCAGAAGGUAUUGGCGGACUUCCAUUCCUUGGUGUCGCCGUUGGCAUGAUGGGGGGAAUUGUCUUCGCGAGCUGGACGAAUAAAUGGUACACAGACGAGGCUGCGAAACAUGGCGGUGUCGCCCCGGCAGAGGCUCGAUUACCACCGGCAAUAUACGGAGCCGUUGCGAUACCUAUUGGACUGUUCUGGUUUGCCUGGACAAACUACGCCUCUAUUCAUUGGAUCUCGCCCGUCUUGGCCGGGGUGCCGUUUGGCUAUGGUUUCACCGUGAUCUUCCUGGCCGUCACCAACUAUCUGAUCGACUCGUACACCAUCUUCGCAGCGUCCGCAUUGGCAGCAAACACGGUUCUACGAUCGCUCUUCGGCGCCGCUUUCCCUCUCUUCACACCAGACAUGUUUGACGCGUUGGGUAUCCACUGGGCAAGCUCGAUACCAGGAUUCCUAGCAUUGGCAUGCGUUCCAUUCCCAUUUAUCUUCUGGAAGUAUGGGGCCAGGAUCAGGAGUCGCUGCGUGUAUGCCGCCCAAGCCGAGGCCGUCAUGGCCGAGCUCCGUGCAAAGGCUGUCCGCGCCAACGAAACACGAGAAUUUGAAGAGGAAUCCAUCAGGAGAUUUACUAGCAGCGCCGAUUUGGAGUCUGAGAAAGACGAAGCCAGGUUCGAACCGAUCAAGACCAGGAAGUCAUUUGCAUCCGAGGUGGGGGCUCGCACGUCGUUGACGAGGGUCAGGUCCAAGACUGGCAGUGUCAGCGAGGCUGCCAACUAUAACGCCAGCCCGUACGACAUCGACAGGGUGAACACGUCGACGUCGUUGGCCGGCCUUGAUCUGACGAGGACAAGGACGAAUCGCACCGACUGUUGA